GCACAAACACUUUAUACAAGCCCCCUGCUCUUCUCUUGCAGCCGCAUUCAACAGGCACGCAGCGAACGCGGGUUGCGGAGCCUGAAGAGGAGCCCGAAAUACCUCGGCAGCGCCUUAAACGCCAUCCAUGCCAAUAAUAUACUCACAUAACCCUCUCUUUCAUUCUCUCUCACUCGCACACACUCAUUGGAAGGAAGAAUAAGGCGCCGCGAGAGAGAUGAGUGCUGGCAAGUGCGUUGUGUGCAGCCAGCACGCUGAGCAACAGUGCGGCGGCUGCAAAAGCGUCUUCUACUGCGGCAGGGAGCAUCAGAAGCGCCACUGGAGCACCCACCGGCCAGAAUGCCGACCUGUCAGGGUCCACGAUCACCCUGUCCUCGGCAGGCACCUCGUCGCCACCAGGGACAUCAAGCAGGGCGAGCUCAUCAUCAGGGAAUUGCCGCUGGUAGUUGGACCAAAAACUGUCAGCACGCCGAUAUGCCUGGGCUGCUGCAAGCCUGCCGACCUGAGCGCCCCUUGCCCAGGGUGCGCGUGGCCUUUGUGCGGCUUGGCGUGCUCCUCGUCCGCCGCGCACCAGGCCGAGUGUGACUUGAUGCAGGCCAAGAGCUACAGGGCCGAGAUCACCGUGGACAACAAACCUUUACCUGACUACGCCUUCAUCACUCCCCUGAGGGCGCUGCUCUUGCCACCGAAGAAGCUGAAAGUCUUCAGGACGCUGCAGUCUCACCUGGAGGAGAGGAAGAAGACGUCCCUCUACCAAGUACUCAAGUUCAACGUGGCUGGCUUUCUUCAGAACAGACUGAAGAUGAACCUGUCCGACGAGGAGAUACUCGAGGCUUGCGCCAUCCUGGACACGAACACGUUCGAAAUGCGCAGCGGCAGGUCGCGCUUCCGCGGCCUCUUCCCUCUGGUGUCCAUGAUGGCGCACAACUGCGUGCCCAACACGAGACACACGUUCGACGCGACGAACGCCAUCCUGGUCUACGCCACGGAAGACAUCGCCAAGGGCAAGAGCAUCACGGCCACCUACACUCAGCCGUUCUGGAGCACCUCGCUGCGCAGGUCACACCUCAGGACGGCCAAGUGCUUCGACUGCACCUGCGAAAGGUGCUCUGACCCUGAGGAGAAAGGGAUUUUUGUCAGCGCUAUCAGAUGUGACGAGGACGAGUGUGAAGGAUUCAUACUUUCAAGCUCACCCUUAGAAGACGAUGCGUCUUGGCAGUGCAACAAAUGCGGCACAGAAGCACCAGCCGAACAAAUAGCAUUGUAUAGUAAAUUCAUCACAGAGGAGAUCGAAGCCAUGGACAAAAGAGGGCCGGAAAAUCUAGAAAACUUCUUGGAAAAGUACAAAGAUUUAUUGCACGAAACAAAUGGCUUCGUUUUGCAAGUUAAACUUGCUCUGGCACAAAUCUACGGCAGUGCAGCUUAUAACAACUGCUCUUUAAAUGAGUUAUCUGAGGAGCGAAUCAAUAAAAAAAUAGAUAUAGUAGAAGAGUUGCUGCAAGUUCUCACAGUUUUAGAGCCAGGAAUGUCCAGGUCAAGGGCACAACUGCAAAUCGAGCUUCAGCCAACCAAAGUGCACCAAGCAAAACUCGAAUUUGAGGCUAAGAAACUGAGCAAAGAUUCGGCAAAGGGGAUAUUGAACGAGGCAAUCGCGGAGCUGAAAAGCGCCGAGGAGAUCCUCAAGACUGACCAGGAUUUAGGAGGAAAGGCGAAAAAGAGUUUGGAACAAGUACUCGCAAUGAGCAAAUUGCUUGAAUGCGCUUGAUAGUUUAUGCGAAUAGAAUGAGACUGAUAGGUGAUGGGGCUAGUGCAUGUUAAAGUAGAAAGUUUAAUAUUUCUCCAAUAAAUAAUUUUUUCUAGACUAUAUUAAAA